AUGUAUAGGAAUCUCACUUCUAACAAUACAAGAACUACAGCUAACCUGCUUGGUUUGAAGUAUUUGUUGAAGGAUUUUUCGGAUGUACCCACUAAGAAGUUCACAAAAUUGAGUGCUGAUGAAGUUAACCAAAUUCUUAGCAUUCAUGAGUUGAACUCGAAUUGGACUUUUGUAAAUCUUAUAUUUAUAGUUAGAAUGUCAGUAGUUUAGGUCGUAAAUACUAGUUUCAGAAUUUUUAAGAUUCUUUCAGUUUUAUGGCAUAGGUUUCUCAAAUAGCUGAAGAGAUGAAACGUAAUUAUUAUAAAAAAUUGUAGAUUAUCCAAAAUGGUACAACAAGAAUGGACUUGUCACAAUCGAUCUCACAACCAAUGAGGUCAAAGGUGUAACAUUCAAGGACGUACUACUGGCCUACACAUCUGAUCAUAUAUCUUAGAUUAUUCAAUAGAAUCAUAGUAAUUCUAUUUUUGAUAAUUGCAACAUCCACGUUGAAAACCUUAUCCAAUAGUGGAAUCACAAUUAUCAAAAGGGUCAAGAACUUAACCAAGUAAUUGACAAAUCUGUGAACUUCUUAUGA